AUGAUCAUCACUGGCCCUGACUCUUCUACUAUCUUUGAAGUCAAGCAGCAUCUUUUCCGUACUUUUGAAAUGAAGGAUCUAUACCCCUUGCGGUAUUUUCUUGUUAUUAAGGUAGCUUCUUCUCCCAAAAGCUACUUUCUUUCUCAAGCCAAGUAUGCCAAUGACGUUAUUCAUCGUACCGGUCUUACUAAAACUAAGAUUUCUGAUGCCCCUAUUGAGCUUAAUGUGAAGCUCACCCCUUCUGAUGAGUACUAUAUUUCAGGAUUUAUUAUUGUCUUCUACUUCCUCUUUUUGGACUUAGUAGCUUAUGCUGAUUCUAAUUGGGCUGGUGAUGUCACUGAUCGCAAGUCCACUUCUGGCUUCUGUAUGUUUCUUGGUGAUUCCUUGAUUUCUUGGAAGAGCAAGAAACAGACUGUUGUUGCGCGUUCCACUACCCAGGCUGAGUACCGUGCUAUGGCUCAUGCCACUACUGAGAUUGUUUGA